AUGUUCUGUGAUUUUAUAUUCACCUAUAAAAAUAGAAAGGUAUAUCUGACACUGACGAUACUUUGCGUGUCGUCGAAUGCCAAUUUCUACGAGGAUCACUACAAGUCUGUAUCCAGCGAUGAUGAUCCAUGGAUUCACGCAAACCGCGAUAUUUCUUACGAUUUCGCCUCUUCGGAACCCUCGCCAUCCUACAGUCGCUUCUUAGAGUCCAGAAAGAACCAUCGAUCCUUAGACUCCACCGAAUCCUUCGACAAACCUAAAGAAUGGUACUCUUCAUCUUCCACCAAGAAGGUUCCUACGGAGGACAAGAAUUUCAAAAAGAUAAUAUCUCCGUUCUACACCAUCACUGACAAAGAUUCCCAAAAAUACAAAGACAUGGUAAUGAAAUCCGGCGUUCCUUACUGCCAAGAGAUCAAAACGAAGCGUGGGGACAAGGAGACCAACGCGAAAGACAGCAUGAUCUGUUUCAAGUGCAAGAACCCGAAGAAUGGAGCCUCUUACGAGCAGUGUUCUUACGCUUCCCAACCACUGGCGGACUCCAGUAAUAUCGAAGAAGUCGUGGUGACACCUUCAGGCUUCAGAAACAGGAGAUCUAGCUCGGACGAGGCCUAUUCUAACUUUAAAAAAUCUGACAAUUACAGAAGGCGCGACAAUCCGUACAGAUUCAACGAUAAAAUAUUCUCAGAGGCCACUGACGACGUCCCAGCCGAGUAUAAGAAUAAGAACGAAAAAUGUGAGAAGAUGGUAAAGGAUUCCAUGGUGUGCAUGAUAUGCAAAGACACCAAGAGCAACGCGAAGUACGAGCAAUGCUCCUAUGUUCAACAACCCAACGAUAAGAAAUACGCCUAUACCAAAUCUAGCUCUCAUUCGACUCCUGAACGAAAAUCUGAAAGGGAUGAGGAGGAAGACCAUGAAAGAGGUUCCAACAGGAGAUAUUCGGGGAGUAAACCGGUGAAAGAGUAUUCCAGUUCUGGCGAGAAAGAGGACCUAGAGAGAGAAUCUCGAGAAGAGACCAGGGACUCGUCCGGGAAUUGCAAGAAAGUCCAAAAGGGCUCACAGACCUGUACCAUCUGCAAGGACCCCAAGACAGGUGGAAAUUACGAGAAAUGCUCGUACACUUAUGAGCCAGACGAUAAGGUAUACAAAUACAGUACAUCUAAGAGCUUUGGGUACCCCAGAAGCUCUUCCACGGAUGUCGACAGGAGUGAACCCAGUUACGAGGAAGCCAAACCACCGGCAAAGUUCACAACUGACUCUGAAGAAUACAAGAAAGACUACUCUAUUCCUGAAAGCUCCUACGAAAAACCUCCGUCCUCCGAACCAUCGAGUUCUUACUACAAAGACGAGGAACCUGAGUCCAGUUAUCAUCAAGCUGCCACUCGAGAGUCUAAAUCUGGCUCAGACGACGACGACCACCUCUCUGGCUACGAGAAGUCCAAGUCUGAAUCAGAGAGAGUCGCAGAAAGCAUCCAACCGAGCUACUGCAAAGAGGUCCAGAAGGGUUCCAUGAGUUGCAAGGUCUGCAAGGACCCGAAGACAGGGAGUAACUCUGAGCAGUGCUCGUACAAGUACGAACCGAGCGAUAAGAGUUACUCUUACUCCAAAUCCAAGUCGUUUGGUACUCCAACCGAAUCGAGAGACAAGUCUUACGACGUGUCUGAGAAGAAAGAAUCCCAGGAACCAUCUUACGAGAGCCGUAGCCACGAUUACCCUUCUGAGAAAGCGGCCUACGUUACCGACAGCGAUAUCAAAAGAGACUAUUCGAUCGCUGAUGAGUCCAAGUCCGAAUUGAAAGAAGAGUCGCCAAAGCCCGAUUCGAAGAAGAUCGACGCCGAAUUCUACGACUCGUUUAAGAAGAAGACCGAGAUUCAGAAGGUCCUCCAAGAUUUCCAAAAGGAGGAUCGUUCCAAAUGCAAGAAGCUGAUGCGCGAUAAGAUGACCUGCUACCAAUGCACGGAUGAGAAAGGGUUCGAGAAGGAAGAAUGCGCCUUUGUGACUGCAGAUGAGCCAGCUGAGGAUAAGAUCGACUAUCGAGAGUCGAAGGAGUACCACGUCGAGCCUACUAAGAAGGUUCCCAGGUCUAUCGUGAUGGAUCGUCUGGAUGACUUCCCGGUCGAGCCAGAGGUAGCUGCCAGCGAGAGAGUUUAUGUGAAGAGAGAGCAACCAAAUUCAGAGGAUACUAAAGACGCUGAAGCAUCCAAAGAAGCUGAACCUUACGAGUACGUGGAAGAGACCAAACCUGUGUUCGACAAGGUCCUCGGUUUCACGCUUCCGGCGUACAUGCUGAGUACUUCCGAGCACGAGGAGGAGUUUGACAAAAUCGCAUCGAGUAGAAGGAUCUGA